AUGGCUGGCGCGGACGAGACACUCGUAGCCGCGACUGCCGUGCUGCAGAAUCUGGCAAGAGACGAGCCUACCUCCGGCUCCUCUUCACCACCAUUUGAUUUCCAAUUAUCAUCUGCCAACGGUGCCAAAUCCACCAAACUCCCCGGAGAACAUAGCCCUGCAAAGGCAGCCUUCGAAGCCGAGCUUGAGGCCUUGGUCCGCCGUGUGCACCAUUUGGAAUUCCAAGCUGUCAGUCACCACAUAUUCCCCGACGAUCUCCAACGGCAGACGGACUCCCCUAUUGGGGAGCCGUCUGCUGAAAGACCCAACGAGAAGAAUCCUGAUUUCUUAAGGACAUUUGGGCUCUCUCGUCUCGCGUCCGGUCAAGGUUCUGACUCUUCUUCUUGCCUUUUACAGCAGCAAAAAACCAUUCCUCAACCACCGGUGGAGAAUCUCGACGAUCGCCCUCUGGAAGAUAUUGAGGAAUACGACUCCGAUGACGACGAUCUCGGUACCCGCAUCGUGCGGGAGGAGGAUAUAAGUUUCCUCCGCAACCAUGUACAGAAGCAGGCCGAGGAAAUCAGCUCCCAGAAAGAUAUCAUUGCCCAGGUCCGCGAUGAAUUGCAAAAACAGGAAGAACACACUCGCCGCGCUCUCACCAAGGUCGAAAAUGAAGAUGUUGUUCUUCUGGAACGUGAGUUACGCAAGCACCAGCAAGCCAACGAGGCCUUCCAGAAAGCCUUACGUGAAAUCGGGGGUAUCAUUACCCAAGUUGCCAAUGGUGAUCUCUCCAUGAAAGUCCAAAUUCACCCGCUGGAGAUGGACCCUGAAAUCGCCACAUUCAAACGUACAAUUAACACUAUGAUGGACCAACUGCAAGUCUUCGGUAGCGAGGUGUCUCGUGUCGCUCGUGAAGUCGGUACAGAAGGAAUACUCGGCGGACAAGCCCAGAUCACUGGCGUUCAUGGUAUCUGGAAAGAACUUACUGAAAACGUGAACAUCAUGGCCAAGAAUUUGACGGAUCAAGUACGAGAAAUUGCUACUGUCACCACAGCUGUUGCCCACGGUGAUCUUAGUCAGAAGAUUCAGAGCCAAGCCCAAGGUGAAAUUCUCGAAUUGCAACAGACUAUUAACACCAUGGUGGACCAACUCAGAACAUUUGCAACCGAAGUAACGCGAGUCGCGCGUGAUGUCGGUACAGAAGGUGUACUCGGAGGGCAGGCCCAGAUCGCAGGAGUCCAAGGCAUGUGGAAUGAAUUGACCGUAAAUGUCAACGCUAUGGCCAACAAUCUCACCACGCAAGUGCGAGAUAUCGCUACCGUCACAAAGGCUGUCGCCAAGGGUGAUCUUACACAGAAGGUCCAGGCCAACUGUAAGGGUGAAAUCGCAGAGCUGAAGAACAUUAUUAAUUCCAUGGUGGAUCAACUACGACAAUUCGCCCAGGAAGUCACUAAAAUUGCCAAGGAGGUUGGUACGGACGGCGUUCUCGGUGGCCAAGCUACUGUAAAUGAUGUCGAAGGAACAUGGAAAGAUCUGACGGAGAAUGUCAACCGUAUGGCCAACAACCUGACCACCCAAGUGCGUGAGAUCGCAGACGUCACCACCGCCGUCGCUAAGGGUGACCUUACCAAGAAGGUCACCGCCAACGUUCAAGGAGAGAUUCUCGACCUUAAGAGCACCAUUAACGGCAUGGUGGACCGACUCAACACAUUCGCUUUUGAAGUCAGUAAAGUGGCUCGCGAGGUCGGCACAGAUGGUACCCUUGGUGGCCAGGCCAAAGUUGAUAACGUGGAAGGAAAGUGGAAAGACUUGACCGACAAUGUGAACACCAUGGCGCAAAAUUUGACCUCUCAGGUCCGAAGUAUCUCUGAUGUAACGCAAGCUAUUGCCAAGGGUGACCUCAGCAAGAAGAUCGAGGUGCACGCCCAAGGAGAGAUCCUCACACUCAAGGUUACCAUCAACCACAUGGUGGGUCGACUCGCUAAAUUCGCUACUGAGCUGAAGAAGGUCGCCAGAGAUGUCGGUGUUGACGGCAAGAUGGGUGGCCAGGCCAAUGUAGAGGGCAUUGCUGGUACCUGGAAGGAAAUCACCGAGGAUGUGAACACCAUGGCCGAAAACUUGACUUCACAAGUGCGUGCUUUCGGUGAAAUUACCGAUGCUGCCACUGACGGUGAUUUCACAAAACUGAUCACUGUCAAUGCAUCCGGUGAAAUGGACGAGCUGAAGCGAAAAAUCAAUAAGAUGGUUUCCAACCUGCGUGAUAGUAUUCAAAGAAAUACUGCUGCCAGGGAGGCUGCCGAACUUGCCAAUCGCACCAAAUCAGAGUUCUUGGCCAAUAUGUCUCACGAGAUCAGAACUCCAAUGAACGGUAUUAUUGGAAUGACCCAGUUGACCUUGGACACGGAUGAUCUCAAGCCGUAUACCCGAGAGAUGCUGAACGUCGUGCACAAUUUGGCAAACAGUCUGUUGACCAUCAUUGACGACAUUCUGGAUAUCUCCAAGAUUGAAGCCAACCGAAUGGUUAUCGAAAGCAUUCCUUUCACUGUCCGGGGUACUGUGUUCAACGCCCUCAAGACGUUAGCUGUCAAAGCCAAUGAGAAAUUCUUAAGCCUGACAUAUCAGGUUGACAACACUGUUCCCGAUUAUGUCAUCGGUGAUCCAUUCCGUCUUCGCCAGAUCAUUCUGAACUUAGUUGGAAACGCUAUCAAGUUUACCGAGCAUGGUGAAGUCAAGCUCACCAUCCGAAAGUCUGAUCGCGAGCAAUGCACGACUAACGAAUACGCCUUCGAGUUCUCCGUUUCUGAUACUGGUAUUGGAAUUGAAGAGGAUAAACUCGAUCUCAUUUUCGAUACCUUCCAGCAAGCCGAUGGUUCAACCACCCGGCGAUUCGGUGGUACUGGUCUAGGUCUUUCGAUCUCUAAGCGGCUCGUCAACUUGAUGGGCGGUGACGUUUGGGUCACCUCAGAGUAUGGACAUGGAAGUACCUUCCACUUCACCUGCGUCGUGAAGCUCGCAGACCAAUCUUUGGGCGUGAUUGCCAACCAGCUCUUGCCCUACAGAAACCACCGAGUGCUGUUCAUUGACAAGGGUCAGAACGGCGUUCAAGCGUCCAAUGUCAUGAAGAUGUUGAAGAAGCUUGAACUAGAGCCUUUGGUAGUGCGGAACGAGGAGCACGUUCCACCACCCGAGAUUCAGGAUCCCUCUGGAAAAGAAUCAGGCCAUGCAUACGAUGUUAUCAUUGUAGACUCUGUGGACACUGCCCGCAUCCUGCGUACAUUCGACGAGUUCAAGUAUAUUCCGAUUGUUCUGGUCUGUCCUUUGGUGUGCGUGAGCUUGAAGUCGGCUCUCGACCUUGGUAUCAGCUCAUACAUGACUACCCCAUGUCAACCGAUCGAUCUUGGAAAUGGUAUGCUGCCGGCCUUGGAAGGACGCUCAACCCCGAUCACCACAGAUAAUUCUAGGUCAUUCGAUAUCCUUUUGGCUGAAGAUAACGACGUGAACCAACAACUCGCAAUGAAGAUUCUCCAGAAGCACAACCACAACGUGUUUGUCGUCGGCAAUGGUUUGGAAGCCGUUGAAGCUGUCAAGAAACGUCGUUACGAUGUCAUCCUGAUGGAUGUUCAGAUGCCAGUCAUGGGUGGCUUCGAAGCUACCGGAAAGAUCCGCGAAUAUGAACGCGAAAGUGGACUCCAGCGCACUCCGAUCAUUGCGCUCACUGCUCACGCCAUGUUGGGUGAUCGCGAGAAAUGCAUCCAGGCCCAGAUGGACGAGUACCUGUCCAAGCCACUCAAACAGAAUCAAAUGAUGCAAACUAUCCUCAAAUGCGCCACCCUCGGCGGCUCGCUGCUGGAGAAGAGCAAGGAGUCGAGAAUCUCUAGUAGUGGGGAAAUGCAUCCCAACUACUCCAUGCCUUCCGACAACCAAAAUCAACAACAGCAGCAGCAACAACAACAACAACCCCAGCAGCAGCCUUUGCCGCAUCCUACUCGACCAGUUGUAGAAUCCCGGUCUAUAACUUCCUCCGGUUCUAUCGGCCGAGGGAGCGUCGUCAGUCCGGCACCACAAGAGAAAGACGAUGAGAUGAUCGAUGAGCGGGCAUUGCUGCGUUCAAACAGUACCUAG